GAAAACAGGGAACUCCUGGGAGAGGUUUUUGGAUUCCUUCUUGAUUUUUGGAGGUUUUUCUGGCCACCAGACAGGCAGUGACUUCUAGAGAUGGACUUGGCCAGCGGGACCUUCAAAGCCAAUGCACUCACAUCUUGUUUUUCCCCAGAUCAGGAUUUCCCAUUCCCAAACCUUGGCCGGAUGGAGGAGGAGGCUGCGAGGAAGCGGAAGAUGCUCCGGGACACUGAGGCAGACAAGGAGCUGAGGAUGGAGACCAGGGAGGGCAAAUCCCCACGGCAGAACCUCGUGGAAGAGGCCGUUUUGAGCAGCUCCACGGCGCAGGAAUCCAACGGGGAGGAAAAGCCCCGGAGAUCCUGCAGGAGGAGGAGCUCCAAACCCAGCCCAGGGUGCUCUGGGAAGGAAAGACCCACCCUGUGCCAGGAAGGCAGCCGGAGAUCUGGCCAGAGCUCUGAGGCUGUGGUCCAUGAGCAGCUUGACGAUGGCAAGAAGCCCCACCAGUGCUUGGAAUGUGGGAAGGGUUUCCUCAAGAGCUCCCACCUGAUUGUCCACCGGAGGAUCCACACUGGGGAACGGCCCUAUGAGUGUGGGGAAUGUGGGAUGAACUUCAGGAUCAGCUCCCACCUGAUCGUCCACCAGAGGACCCACACCGGGGAACGGCCCUAUGAGUGUGGGGAAUGUGGAAAGAGCUUCAGCGUCAGCUCCCACCUAAUCACCCACCAGACUGUCCACACUGGGGAACGGCCCUAUAAAUGUGGGGAAUGUGGACAGAGCUUCAGGAUCAGCUCCAACCUGUACCGCCACCGGAGGAUCCACACCGGGGAAAGGCCCUACAAGUGUGGGGAAUGUGGACAGAGCUUCAGGAUCAGCUCCCACCUAAUCACCCACCAGAGGAUCCACACCAAUGAACGGCCCUAUAAAUGUGGAGAAUGUGGGAAAGGCUUCAGGAGGAGCUCCAGCCUGAACCUCCACCAGAUGAUCCACACUGGGAUACGACCCUAUGUGUGUGGGGAAUGUGGGAAAGGCUUCCGUGACAGCUCUCACCUGAUCAUCCACCAGACAAUGCACACUGGGGAAUGCCCCUACACGUGCUCAGAAUGUGGGAAGAGCUUCAUUGAGAACUCCCGCCUGAUUGUCCACCAGAGGAUCCACACUGGGGAGAGGCCCUACGAGUGCCGGGAAUGUGGGAAAAGCUUCAGGCAGAGCUGCCAUCUGAUUGCCCACCAGAGGAUCCACACUGGGGAGAGGCCCUAACAGUGUCCCAAGUGUGGGAAGAGCUUCUCCCAGAGCUCUGCCGUGACCCAGCACCAAGGGAGGCAGCAGUAAGGGAAGCCCUACAAGUGCCCCGAGUGCGGGAAGGGCUUUGAGCGCUGCUCCAACUCCAUCCCCCAUUGGAGCACCCCCACUGGAUGGUCCACAGUGACCCGAGUU